AUGGCUGACUAUGACCGGCGACCGCGAAGAGGUGGUGGAGGAGGACACUUAAACAAUCGCAAGAGGAGAUACAGAGACGAUGAUUAUGAUGAUCGCCGUUCCCAACGUCGUCGCUAUGAAGAACCACUCGCCGUGAGCUUGCGCAAGCAAGUCCUCUCAAUUGCAGAAAGUCCACAUCGAAGAACGGAAGACGAUGUUGCCACCAUUGCAAAGACCCUCGCGGAGAAUUAUUUUGACCAUGAUCUCAGUUCUGGAUUUCUGGACCUUGUCGUACAACUGGUUAUUGAGCAGCCUCUCAAAAUUCCUUUCGUCGCUGCCAUUGUCAUUCUUGCAAACGCGCAAAAGCCGGAAUUGACCGCUGAAGUAUUGGUUAAGGUUGGAGAAGCCUUGCAACAGCAAUUAAACCUGGGGCAAUGGCGAGAGGUUAAGUUGUACCUUCGAUUCCUCGGAUGCUUACAGGGCAUAUUUGAAGGCGGUGGUGUCUUCCCAAUGCUCGAUGAGCUCUUCUCUAGGGCCGCCGACCUCCAAAUGAAGUCGUCUGAAGAUUCUUUGGGCCUUGAGCUUGUCAAAGUCAUCUUGAUGACUAUUCCAUAUGCCAUGUCAUCCUCGGCCACAGCCUUUGAGAGCCAAGCAAGUGCUCUCCUAGAGAAGACCGACAUUAUUGCUUCAACUGCACAUCCGUUGGAGACCUUGGUUGAUCCCUUCCCAAGCUCGGACGUUGGUGCACCAACCAGCACAGAAAGUGCCCUCGCUCUUCUUCAGAAACAUAUGCAAGAGGAGGCCAAGAAUUCAUGGGAACUGUCCUGCUUACCUCGUCCAUGGAAAGGAAAUCGAUCGUCAGAGGAGGAAGAUGCGUUGGCAAGCGCUCAAAAACAUUCGUUUCCACAAGUCACCGUUCCCGAAGUUGUCCAAAUCGGUCCACGAUCGAUCUUCCCCGAGAUCUAUUUCUCUGUCUAUGGCGAGCAAGAGAUCGAGACGGUCCCUCCAGCCUCUGACCCUGCCGCUCUACUGAUUCGGGAUGCAUUGUCUGACACCAUCAACGCCCUUGACUGUAAUCGGAUGAUUGCUGCGAAGUUUCUGAUUGAUGUCGACUGCUACUUCGCGCCAGACACAUUUGUCAAGAGAGCUACGCCAUUCGACAAGUUGCGAGAUGUGGCCGGAGACAAGGUUACUUGGAAACCGGAAGACGUCAUCGUCGAUGCUUCCUUUGCUCAAUUGAUGCAAUUACCUGCUCCAGAGCAUAAACUUGUGUACUAUCACUCUGUGUUGACUGAAGCUUGCAAACUGGCCCCUGCCGCAGUUGCACCCAGCUUGGGAAGAGCAAUCCGGUUCCUUUAUAGGAAUGUGGAUAGAAUGGACUUUGAACUUUCUCAGCGCUUCUUGGACUGGUUUGCUCAUCAUCUCAGCAAUUUCGGUUUCACAUGGAAAUGGACUGAAUGGGUCGACGAUGUCAACCUACUCGAUGUUCAUCCGAAAAAAGCUUUCAUCGUUGAUGCCCUAGAUAAAGAAAUUCGACUCAGUUUCUCGAAGCGUAUUAAGGGAACGUUACCGGAGCCAUAUCAAGCCCUGAUCUCUGAGGCCAAAGAAAAGGAUGUGCCCGACUUCAAAUACAAUGAUGAUUCUACACCAUUUGCUGCCGAAGGCAAAGAAAUUGCUCAGUUGAUACGCCGAAAAGCUGCCAAUGAAGACUUCACUCCUAUUCUUGAAAAAAUCGAACAGGACGCCACGGUUUCAGGACUUCUGGAUCCGCAACUUGCAUCCACUGAUGCGUUUGUGAGCUCAAUAUGCUGGGUCGGUUCGAAAUCAUUGUCGCACGUUCUGGCUUGUAUAGAACGUUGCAAAGAGCGUCUAUUGGCCAUCUCGUCUACAAGUUCCGCAUGCCGAAAACAAAUCAUCACUUCAGUGAUGGACUACUGGCAAGACCAGAGAGGAGUUGGGGUGAUCAUCAUCGACAAGCUGCUAAACUAUCAAAUCCUGACUCCAUCUAGUAUCGUCGAAUGGGCAUUAAUCGACCACGUUACCAGAGGGACUCUGCUCGCGAAUGCAUGGUGCUAUGAGCUCAUCACCAAUACCACCAGAAAAGUUGCCGGCCGUGUCAAGAGCAUUGUUCACGCCAUCAGACAGCCCGGCUUGGAAGAACAACAAAAAGUGGAACUCGAACAGACCCUCGCCCAUGAACUAGAGAAUGUGAAGUCCCUUUUCGCCAUGAUUGAAGAUGCGGUCGUGAGUAUUCGAGACGGUCAUCAGGACGGAAUGAUCGAAAGGAGCGAUGUCCUCCGUGCCGAGGAAGAAGUAUUACUCAAGUCAUGGGGGGCCAAAUGGGCGAGAGUUUUUCAGCGAAAAUAUGCGGUUGAGGAAAGUUGGAUUCGGGAAGAGCUGGCAAAGCCGACACCUGAGGUUCAAGUGCAGGCUAGUAACGAAGGGAUGAAAAUGGACGAGGCGAAGACAAACAGCAACGGUGGAGGAGAGAAUGGUGUUGGGAUCGAUGGGGUUGAUGGGAUUGAAUAG